AUGGCCCUAUCUAUCUUAUACGCUCCUCAAGAUGCAGCGACAUCACCUGCGGUUGAUAUUGUGGCCGUCCACAGCCUCGGCGGCGACGCCAUCACCACCUGGACACACCCGAAAUCGAAGAACUUCUGGGUGAGAUUUUCCCUCCCCCAACAGAUCCCUGAUGCCGGUGUCAUGACCUUCGGCUAUAAUGCCGACGCUGCGUUUGAGCGGUCGACGGCGGAGAUUUUUGGCAUUCCAAAAGCUUGUUGGCCAGCUUAA